CUUCCUUCAUCCUCCCACCAUCUCCACCACCACCACUACCGCCAUCUUCUUCUUUCUUUCUUUCUCCCAUCCCACCCACCUUUCAGCCGCCCCAAUUCCUCACGCACGCCAUCUUCUUUCUUCAACAACCUGCGCGGCCAUGAUCUCUAUAGGCGCCGGCUCAUCCUCCUCCCCCUCUUACUCCGCGGGGGUGAGGAUGGGAGGCGCUAAGCGCCGUGGGAAGCCGGGCGGAGCCGCCGCUGCUGGGUCCGCGGCGGCCCCGGCGCAGACCAAGUGGCGCAGCGGCACGCAGGAGAGGAUCUACGGGCGGCGCCUGCUGGACGCGCUGCGCGCCACGCGGUCGGGCGCGCCGCACCCGCACCCGCACCCGCAGCCACGCGCCGUCAAGGAGGCGGCCGACUCGGCGCUGGCGCUCACCGCGCGCGGCCAGUCGCGCUGGAGCCGCGCCAUCCUGCUGGCGGGCGCCGCGUCCCGCCGCCGCCGCGUGCUCGUCAAGGCCGGGGGCAAGAUCCGGCGCCACCCGCGCCCGCAGGCGCGCGCCGCCGCCGCCGCGGCCAAGGCGGCCGCCGCCGCGUCCGCCGGCGAGCCGCCGGUGCUCAGGGAGCGGAAGGUCAAGGACCGCCUGCGCGUGCUGGGCCGGCUCGUCCCCGGCUGCCGCAAGCUGCAGGCCCCGGACCUGCUCGACGAGACGGCCGACUACGUCGCCGCGCUCCAGAUGCAGGUCAAGGCCAUGCGCGCGCUCGCCGACGCCCUCGCGGCGGCCCAGCUAUCGUCGGAUCGUCAGCAGACCGCCGCCGACGACCAAGGCGAAGCCGAGAUGGAGAGGUGAGAGUCAAAGAGGGAUGAUUGAUCACAUGACGGCCCUGGGCUCGGGGAAAUAAUUAAUGGAUGGAUUAUUAGUGCGAGGCGGGUCUGGGAUGAUGCUCUUCCAUGGGGAGGAUGGUAUUGUGAUCCCAGUCAUGAUUGUUGCUGCUGAUUUGUAAAUUCUUGAUACUACUUGUAUAAGUAAUGCUGCUCUGCUCCUCUCUUCAUCCUCUUCUCUUCUCUUCUCUUCUUGAUGAAAUGUUCCUCCUCCUACUGAAACAAGAUGGGGGCUUUCCUGUGUCUGUCUCUUGCGGAUUAUGCUUUGAUUUGGCUGUGUCAAUGGGAAAAUUAGGA